AUGUCCGGCCCAUCAUUUAACCGGACGAUUCCGGCUAGCCCAGCAACAGUAAUGGCGCUCUCCAUUUUCUCUCACUUAUUCAUGCUCUCUGGCGCUUCUCAUCGCUCCAUCUCCACAUCGCCAUGCGGCGUUCAUCUGAGCAAAUGCUUGAGCAGGACGGGUGUCACGCACCAUCGCCGCCGUCUGGUAGCGGCUGAAGGUUUCCGGUGCCUUUGCAGCGUCUCGGUUGCCGAGCCUUCAACCUCUGAGACCUCUCCGAGCUCUGUAAAGAAGAGACUAGUUUCCGGUGUCCAGCCCACAGGGUCCAUACAUCUCGGCAAUUAUCUUGGUGCCAUAAAACAUUGGGUUGACUUACAGAAUACAUAUGAGACACUCUUUUUUAUUGUGGACCUCCAUGCGAUAACAUUGCCAUAUGAUACACAACAAUUAUCUAAAGCGACAAAAGAUACUGCAGCUCUUUAUUUGGCAUGUGGUGUGGAUACUACCAAGGCCUCAGUUUUUGUGCAAUCUCAUGUCCGUGCUCAUGUAGAGUUGAUGUGGCUUCUGAGUUCUGCUACCCCAAUAGGUUGGCUCAACAGGAUGAUACAAUUUAAAGAGAAAUCACGGAAGGCCGGGGAUGAGAAUGUUGGGGUUGGUCUUUUAACUUAUCCUGUGCUGAUGGCUUCUGAUAUCCUCUUAUAUCAAUCUGAUUUUGUCCCUGUUGGCGAGGAUCAGAAGCAACACCUCGAGCUGACACGAGAACUAGCUGAGCGUGUUAACCAUCUAUAUGGAGGAAGGAAGUGGAAGAAGCUGGGAGGGCGAGGCGGUGCUAUCUUUAAGGUUCCCGAGCCCCUUAUUCCACCCACUGGUGCUCGUGUGAUGUCUCUAACUGAUGGUUUCUCUAAGAUGUCUAAAUCAGCACCAUCUGAUCAAUCUCGAAUUAAUUUGCUUGAUUCUAAGGAUGUAAUUGCCAACAAAAUAAAACGUUGCAAGACGGACUCAUUUCCAGGCUUGGAGUUUGAUAAUCCUGAAAGACCUGAAUGUAACAACCUGCUUUCGAUAUAUCAGCUUGUUACUGGCAAGACAAAACAGGAAGUUGUGGAGGAAUGCCGAGAUAUGAACUGGGGAACAUUCAAACCCUUGCUUACCGAUGCUUUAGUCGAUCAUUUACACCCAAUCCAGGUUCGCUAUGCCGAAAUUACAUCCGACCCCACUUAUUUGGACGACAUUUUGGCCGAUGGUGCGAGUAAAGCUACAUCCAUUGCAGACGUAACUCUCAAUAAUCUUUACAAAGCAAUGGGAUUCUUACAAAGAUGAAGAAUAAUCGGCUUGUCUCAACGAACGAGACGAAAAAGGUCAGUGUCAAAGCUGCUCCAAAACAGCUGAAUACCGGGUGCUAGGGCUUAUAUCCCGAUAAUCUUGAUAAUUUAUGGCUUAUAAUGCUGAGAUCAUUUUUUUCCUGGUGAGAGAAGAGUUACUUAUCAUCAUGAAAAGGCUCCUAAUUUAUUUUACUAGCUGUUUACAUGAUUGUGUCCGAUUUAUAAUUUAAUUUUUCAUGAUAUCAUGAUGGCGCUUAUAAUUGGUUAAAUGACAGAUAUUCAAGUUGGCCUAUUUAGCUUUCAUUGUUAAGCCAAAUUUUUGAGGAGUUGUAAAAAUGAUUUGCAUAUAGCGUACGGUUAAACUUCCGUAUUUUUGCUGAAUGGUUGUUUUAUUGGCUCUCUCUCUCUCCCAUAGUCUCCUUCUCGUACUUUGUACGUGUGUUGUCUGUUAAAAUUAUUCUGUUAUUG